GAUGUUCACGGACUCUUCACAGACGCUGAAUCACGGCGGCAGGGAGAAAUGUGAACCGGAGUGACGAGGAUUGAGUUUUCCACGAGUUCUGACACCGUGAAACUGUGUAUUGAUGGUCCUUUCAGCGGCUCACAACUUCUGUGAUCCAGACGGAGCCUGAAGGGCGGAAAGAUGAUGCUCAACUUUCUCCCGGUGCGGAAAUUCAAACGCAACGGUAGAUAUAUAGUGUUCGGGGCGGUGCUGACGGUCGCGCUGCUCGCGGCGUAUCUGGAGUUCAGGGCCACGAGUGAGUGGAGCAGCUCCGAAGUAACCAUACGCGGUGAAUCUGUUGUCUGGGCAAAAGCUGCUGCUGCUCAACGUGCGGUUAAAGAAGAUCGUUUCUCUGAUGAGAAUCGAGAUGAAGACAAAUGGAAACCAAAAAACACUCAACUGACAUGGAGGACAGAGUAUAAAGGACAAGCUAAUCUUCAUGUUUUCGACGACUGGUGUGGCUCAUCUAUAGCUCAACUACGGAAGAAUCUACAUUAUCCACUAUAUCCUCACCGUCGUACAACUGUAAAGAAGCUUGCUGUGUCUCCCAGCUGGACAAAUUAUGGGCUCAGGAUAUUUGGCUACAUACAUCCUUAUACUGAUGGUGACUUCCUAUUUGCAUUGGCGUCUGAUGACAACAGUGAGUUCUGGCUCAGUGAUGAUGACAAUCCCGAUAAUCUGAAGCUCAUUGCAUACGUUGGGAAGACGGGUAGAGAAUGGACCGCCCCAGGGGAGUAUGGGAAAUAUGCCAGUCAGAUAUCAGAUCUUGUUCCUUUGCAGGCGAACAAGAAAUAUUUCUUUGAACUCAUUCAUAAGCAGAACGGUGAAGGAACGGAUCACGUGGAGGUGGCGUGGCAGCUCAAAGUGACUGGGAGUGGAUUUGCAAUCAUCGAUUCCAAGUUCAUCUCGCUCUACACCAACGAGUCUUCUUUGAAGGCUGGAGAUGUCAGUCACAUUCCUCAGACAGCUGCCAGUCAUGUGAAUCCGCCCUCGAGGUUGUCUCAGACUCCGCCCCAUGAUGUCGACAUGCUGAGAGCAGAUCCACGAGAUUCCUUUCAUCAAAUUCCAUUACUGGACCAGGUGCGUUUGCAUGGAGUUUUACCUGACUGCAUCUAUAACCCCAGCUACAUCAUAAAGGGUUAUCCUCUGGUGCGCUAUCAGGGCCUGCAGUUUGUGUACCUGACCUAUGUGUAUCCUAAUGACUACACGCGGCUCACACACAUGGAGAGUGAAAACAAAUGUUUCUACCGCGCAAAUCCAUAUUACAUGGACAGAUACGGCUUCUCAAACUACAUUCAAAUGGAUGUGCCUGAGGAAGAGCUUUCCCUCAAAUUCCAAGGAGACAGCAUGCUCGGAAGAAAUAAAAAUAAAGACCUUCAGAAACCUAGAGAGUACGAGGAGAAGCAGCAAAUUGAUGGAAUGGAGAAGAAGAAGGUUCUCCCAGAUUAUGGCGACGAUUAUGAUGAUUAUUCAAUGAAUAGACGCCGCAAACUCUUCUCCGUCCAGAAACAUAGUGUGAUUAGAAGAAAGAGAAACAAUGGAGAACUAAACAUCAGAAUUGAACAAGAGAACCAAGCUAAGGAAAUCCAAAAACUGCCUGAACAACCACAAAAUGAACCCCAAGUGAGAAGGAAGAAGAAGAGGAGACUGCCCCAACAACAAAACCUGAAAGAUCAACAACAUCUCCAAAAUGCACCUUCAGAGGUGAAAAGCUAUGACCAGGGCAGAAAACAAGCUUAUGUUGUGGAAAAAAUACCUGAGCAGCAGAAUCCAGAACUGUUUCAGGAAAAAACCAUCCGGAGGUUUGAGGAGAAACAUCUACAAGCUGAUAGAUCGAUGGUUAAGAAGGAUCGAAUUCACCGUCUUAAAGCCCAUUAUGUCAAUAGUAGCCAUGUAAAUCCAAACCCUGCUAUAGUCAGAGAUAUUCCCAUUGAAAAAGUUCGAGAAGCUAUCGAUCUAAAGGAAAAAUCCAUUAAAAAACCUGCCAUGUUUAAUGAGGUCAAGAAUGAACAUCCUGACGUUUCGAAUCAAAUGGAUAACCGGAAAGUCUUUCUUGGAGAGCAUGUGGACAAAGCACGCAAGAACUCAUCAAAUGCGGUGGAACUAAAAAAAACCAAGGUGAAGAACGCUACAUAUGAAUAUUUGCAUGGAGAUGAAGUCAAAGCAGACGCAAUGAAGAAACCCAAAUACCGUAAACAAAAAGUAGAUACAAUUGUUGUAGGUGACAACCAAAUAGUCGAGCAUAACAAUAAAGCUUAUAAUAAUAUUGCAGUUCUCCAAAAACCACACCAAAACAUGGUGUAUAACCAAACCAGUGAGCACAAAGAUCAAGAAUAUAACAACCGCUGGGGUCACGCCAAUGAGGACAGAAAUCGAAUUGAGAAACCGAUACAGGAUGAUGCUAUGGAUGUUAAAGAGACUGAAGAUGAUGGAGAUGAAGAAGAUGAUUGGGUAAAUCAGGGUUUAUCAGAGGAAGAAGACUACGAGCAUGUUCACAGACCUGUGUUUGACGUGGAAGUCAAGUGGAAUCAGACGUUUCAUGCUAAAUCUCUGGAUCUGCAUUCAAUGCGCUCUGAUUGGAUCGAUCUGAAGUGUAACGUGUCUGGAAACCUGAUGCUCGGCGAAUCAGAAGCCUUGUCUGUAGUAGAUGCUUUCAUGAAGGAACUAAAUAAGAAGUACCCAAGGCAGUUCUCUCUAGAUCGUAUUGUGAAUGUUGAGAAGAAGCCUGAUUAUAACCGAGGCAGUAGAUAUCUACUGGAGCUGGACCUGCUGGAGGCUUCAGGGCGGCACCUGCGUCUGGGACAGUACAUCUUUGUGAAACGAACAGAAGAUUGGGGUUCUCCAAGAAAACAAAAGCCUCAGGAUGCAAAACUUCAACUUUGCAAUCCAUAUACCUUUUACUGGAACCCGACUGCUACUGUCCACUUCAUCAUCCCAGUGAAGAACCAGGCCCGCUGGGUGAAACAGUUUAUUUCCGACAUGGAGGAGCUCUACCGCAUCACUGGAGAUCAGAACUUCAACAUCAUCAUCACAGACUAUGAAAGCACUGAUAUGAACAUAGAAGAAGAACUGCUAAACUCUUAUAUACCCAGGUAUCAGUACCUCAGGUUGAGCGGAAACUUUGAGAGAUCGGCAGGACUGCAGGCAGGAAUUGACCUCAUUACCGAUGAUAACAGCAUUGUGUUUCUCUGUGAUCUGCACAUCCAUUUUCCACCGGGCUUCAUUGACACUGUGAGGAAACAUUGUGUGGAGAGACGCAUGGCUUUCGCUCCCAUCGUCAUGAGACUGAACUGUGGAGCUACGCCUCAGGAGCCUGAUGGUUACUGGGAGGUCAAUGGAUUUGGACUUCUGGGCAUUUAUAAGUCAGACCUGGACCGCAUUGGAGGCAUGAACACUAAAGAGUUUACUGACCGCUGGGGUGGAGAAGACUGGGAACUACUGGACAGGAUCCUCCAGGGUGGGCUGGAGGUGGAGCGACUCUACCUGAGGAACUUCUUCCAUUAUUUCCACUCAAAGCGAGGAAUGUGGAACCGGCGGUCACUGCGCAACACGUAAACCACAUAAACAAGGCUUACCACAGCACUUUAAACUUUUGCCAGACCUCAGGACAUUCUGGAUGUGUGCUUUAUAUCACAUCCAACUGAAGGCGAAUUUGAGGUAAUAGUUGGCGGAAACACGCAGAGACUCAGGACAGGGACGUCUGAGACGUUUGGGUUGUGUAACACUGAACUCUCCAGCUGCUAUGAGAGCAUGUCAGGGUUGAAAUGCUCCUCUAAUGCUGUCAAGAAAACUGAACUACAGGUCACUGAAGGCUCUACUUCCAGGUCAAUAAUAUGCCUUAGUAGCGUUUGGGUGAGUUUUCUGUUCUGACAGGCAGAAAUAUGACGCUAAUGAGAUGUAAAUACUAUGGAUAUACAUAUUUAUUGAGGGAGCCAAUAGUCUUGGGUGAGGGGGUUGAAUUUGCACAUUGUUUUUUUUUUUUUUUUUAAUACUGCAAGUGACCUGAGGAAUUGAACGAAUUGGUAGCCAAAACCAAAGAGAUGUGCAAUAUUCACAGUCUAAUAAAAUGGAUUCAUUCAGGUUACAAAUGCUGUCUUCAGGUCAGUCUCAUUAUACCACGUUUAGGUCAUGUUUCAUCCCCGAAAAAUCCAAAAGAAAGAAGAAAGAAAUGAUAUUUUGCUUAAAGAAUAUAUUUUUUGAUAAUUUAAAAUGACUUUACUUUCAAUUGCUCACUCUAAUACAGACAAAGAUACAUUAUUAUUAAAUUAUAAUUAGAAUGUAUGUGUUCCUAAUUAUCUUUAAUUAAAAUUUUAUUCUUUUCAUAAUACAGCACUGGAAGAACUAAAUAUUGCAUGUUUAUUAUGCAUAAUGUAAUUUAUUUCAGGAGGGUAAGAAAUGAUCUGGGCAUAUUUUGUAAUAUUCACCAUUUAUAGUGAUGUUGAAGGAUUAAAAUGCCUAUUUUUUUGUACAGCAUCAGUGGAUUUUCCUGCAUUAUGAACGUAGUCAGGCAGUUUAUCUGUGUUCGUGAAACAUUCCAGUGAGUAAACUCCAAAUCAGACUCCUUCAACCUGGUACAGUAUUAUUUCAGACAAAUUCAAUCCAAUGCAUUGCCAUCCAACACACAAAGACAGACUGCGAAACAUUGCUUUGUUUCUCUGAUAAAUUCCUUGCUGACUCUUGCCUGUAAUGAAAGCGGCCAUCAUAUGUGCCUUAUGUGUAUUUCAUUUUGCGGAUGGAAAUAUCUUCUGUACACUGUUAUGAAGGGAUCUGGUGCUGUUUUACAGAGAUUCUUUUGGAUGGUUACACAUGCUGUAAAUGUCACUGCCUUUUUGUGAAUAUAUAAGAAUGAGCCGCAUUAUAGAUCUCCCAGUUAAUAGCGCAUUGCUUACAAAAUCAACUUUUUUAUGCAUUUGUUUUGCUACAUUGCUGUUUGUUUUUUACGUGAAGGAUCUUCUUGAAGGGCUUAAAUAUGGAAACCUUUAACUCGUGGAUGUGGAUCACCAACAGUCUUAAAAUAAAACAUUUCAGGUUGAA